AUGGGCUCCAUAGCUGUGGACCAAAUCCGAAGGGCUCAGCGAGCUGAGGGUCCGGCCACCAUCCUCGCCAUCGGCACGGCCAAUCCUGCCAACACAAUGAUCCAAGCUGAUUAUCCUGACUACUACUUCCGCGUCACCAAAAGUGAACACAUGACUGACCUCAAGAAAAAGUUUCAACGAAUAUGUGAUAGAACCAUGAUAAAGAAACGUCAUCUGUGCUUGACCGAAGAGCACCUGAAGCAGAACCCAAAUAUGUGUGAGUACAUGGCACCAUCGCUGGAUGCACGUCAAGACAUGUUGGGGGUCGAGGUUCCCAAGCUUGGGAAUGAGGCUGCCAUGAAGGCCAUCAAAGAGUGGGACCAGCCCAAGUCCAAGAUCACCCAUCUCAUCUUCGCCACCACCUCCGGCAUCCACAUGCCUGGCGCCGACUACCAAUGCGCCAAGAUGCUUGGACUCUGCUCCUCCGUGAAGCGUGUGAUGAUGUAUCAACAAGGUUGUUUCGCCGGUGGAACCGUUCUCCGCAUUGCCAAGGACAUAGCGGAAAACAACAAGGGCGCCCGAGUUCUUGCCUUGUGCGCUGAGAUCACGGCUUGUAUUUUUCAUGGGCCGACGGAAUUGCAGUUGGACUCCAUGGUGGGACAAGCUUUGUUCGGAGAUGGAGCUUCGGCGGUCAUCGUGGGUGCUGAUCCAGAUGAGUUAGCUGGGGAACGACCGAUCUUCGAGUUGGUGUCAGCUGCACAAACAAUCCUGCCAAACUCAGAAGGAGCAAUCAAUGGCCAUUUAAAGGAAGCAAGGCUAACGUUUCACUUACUCAAAGAUGUGCCCGAGUUGAUCUCUAAUAACAUUGAGAAGAGCUUGAUUGAGGCCUUUACUCCAAUCGAGAUAAGUGACUGGAACUCCAUAUUCUGGAUUACACACCCGGGUGGGCGGGCCAUUCUGGACAAGGUGGAGGCCAAGCUACGAUUGAAGAAGGAGAAGAUGGCGGUCUCUCGUCAUGUGCUGAGUGAGUACGGGAACUUGUCGAGCGCAUGCGUUUUCUUUGUAAUGGAUGAGCUGAGGAAGAGGUCGUUGAAAGAAGGGAAGUCCACCACCGGAGAUGGAUUGGAGUGGGGUGUUCUUUUCGGCUUCGGGCCGGGUUUGACAAUGGAGACUGUUGUUUUGCACAGUGUUGCAAACAAAAUUUAG